GUGUUAUAAAUCCAAGUUGAAGUCUGAAAACUUUUAGAUUGGGCCACUUCAAACAAAAGCAAGUCUACGACGAACAAACGAGCACCCCAACAACCACGAACAAAGUUCAUUCUUUCGUUCCGCUGAUCAGAAAUCAAGUGCUCGCGCAAACACACACACACACAAACACAAAUCAUUCCAUAAUCCAGUUUCUGUAAAUUGAAAAUCUGCCUUAAAAAUGGAAACAUCAUCUUCAGUUAUAACUCCGGAAGAUGUAUUGGAGUCGCUGAUGAACGACGGCACAAUUGACACGAUGAGAUUGAAAAUCAUUAAUCAGCUGAAAGCCAAUGAAGAGCUGAAGAGUACCACUAUAAAAAUGGUAGAGCAAAGCAAGGUUCUCAACACACCAGGGGCAGAGAAACAAACUAAAAGGGAACUCUUUGAUGCUCUUAGACAAGAACUUGAAACCCCUGUGCUUGAGAAGGCUUCUAAAUCAGUUUGGGAGUUGAUUUUAGACAAUAAUGGACUUGGGAGAGAGAUAAAUGAAACAGUUGAAAAAGUGUUUUGUCGGCUUAGUGGUCGAGAACCUCCAUUGUUUCCUUCAAAUGGUGAAUUGCAAUUAGAAAAAGGAAAAGCUAAAAAGGGUGAACAAGGCAAAGGAAAAGAAAAAGAAGUUCAAAGUGAAAAGGAGAAUCUGGAAACUACAUCAAAGAAAAGAAAGUUGGGGACAACAAAUAUGAAAGAUGCUGUAGAUGAAUUUGCAAAAUAAUCUCUACUUCUUCUUCUUUCACUCAUCAAAUACAAACCCCAAGGCAACAAAUGUUGAAGGCCUUGCAGUGGCUGCAGGUGGUGGUGGUGGUGUUUUCAGACAAAUGGGAUGUUGUUUUCAAGUGUCUGGAAAUCCGAUUACUACAGGCCAGUUUUCUGACUUUACACUUUGUGGAACUUCUAAAUGAUUUGACAAUAGGGAUCACUGUUUUAUAAAUUGUUGUUAGAAAGUAGGUGUUAUUAUUCGCUUUGAUUGGUUCAUUAUAAGUAAAGGCUAGUUAUAAGUUAGUUUGUUGAGGAGCUUGAUGCUUGUUUGAAACUCGAAACAUGGUGUUAGUUUUGAUUCAGUAUGUUGUAGUGAUGUUGUUUGAUUAUUUCAUCUUUA